CCUGGCAACCUGGCAGCUUGUACGGAGACCGAUUGGCAAUCUGGCAAUGCGGAAAUAGAUCUGGCACCCCCGAGCCCGGACUGAGGAGAAGAGGCGUGACAGAGCGAGCAGACAGGAGAGGGGAUUGCAUUGAUAAAGCUAAAAUAAUCAACUCUUUCUUUCCUAUUAGCUUUUUUCUUUUUUAAUCAAAGUGCUCAGGUGCGCUCAUCUGCACCAGCUGGGAUUUUUCCAGCAUUUGUUUUUUAAUUUGACAACUCUGAGAAGAGGAAAAGGAAGGAAGAAGUGCGUUUUUAUCGUUUGGAUUCCGGACUUCUUUACUGAGUUUUCCUUUUUUUGCAUCAAGCAUGGAUGUGUUGGCGAAUUACAGUAUUUUCCAGGAACUCCAACUCGUUCAUGACACUGGUUAUUUCUCUGCGAUGCCUUCCCUGGAGGAGAACUGGCAGCAGACAUGUCUAGAGUUGGAGCGGUAUCUACAGACGGAGCCAAAGCGACUCUCAGAGCUCUUUGAUGAGGAGCUGGACUGUCUCUUAACGCCAGCCUUCAUGCAGGGUGGUGACAGUGAUGAGGACCUGAUGGACCCCCUCCUCCCCAGCCUCCCUGACCAGCCAAGCCCACCUCCACUACUGGUAACUCUCCCCAAGGUCCAGGCCAAAAUCCUCCAGGUGCCCAACCCCAACAAGACCCAAGCAGAGGCAGGAACUGAAACCCUCACACCAAAGGACCAAGUCCUCGCAGGAGUCAGUGCCGCACAGCUUAGCGCUGCUGUUACAUCCCUAACACCGCCAUCGUCACCAGAGCUCGGCCGCCACCUCAUCAAACCCACACAAACACUGACUGCCACGGCAGACGGUACACUAACGCUCAAACUUGUGGCAAAGAAGGUAGGCUUAGGGGCGGCUAAACUGGUGGCAGCACGAGCACUGCCAUCACCGCCGAGCCGAGGAGGAACCCUCAGUGACAGCGAGCAGGGAGGAGGAGGAAGUCUGGUAGGAGAGGUACCAGAGAACAAAAAGAGAGUCCACCGGUGCCAGUUUAAUGGCUGCAGGAAGGUUUACACCAAGAGCUCCCAUUUGAAGGCACAUCAGAGGACUCACACAGGUGAGAAGCCCUAUAAGUGCUCAUGGGAGGGCUGCGAAUGGCGUUUUGCCCGCAGUGACGAGUUGACACGACACUACCGCAAACACACCGGAGCGAAGCCAUUCAAGUGCAACCACUGCGACAGGUGUUUCUCUCGGUCAGACCACCUGGCCCUGCACAUGAAGAGGCACAUUUGAGGGCAAACAGAAAGGAGUGGGGGAGGGGAAGAAGCAAGAGGAGAAACAGUAGGAGGAGAGAUAGGAGGAGAGAGAUGGGCAGUCGAGCUACCAACCGCCCGCCUCAUUCACCCCGUCCAUAAACCAUUCAGCGGCCAUGACGCCUGCAGGGCAGCGCAUCCAUCUGAGAGGGCCAUAAAGAUCAAUCGGACUAAAGGCCCUCUCAUUGGAGACGGGGAUUGGAGGAAAACGAGUAGCUAGAUUGUUGUUUUUCUUUAAAAUUACACACUCACACACUUGCAAUAGUGAACACUCCACACACCCGUUUUUGAAUGCAUCAUCCCGGUGAACCCCGGCUGCUCUCAUGUGGCUCCGGGGGCUUGGACACUGCCAAACCAACAUAUACUUAACUCGCUUGAUGAAACAUUAUGCCGCCUUUUUUCUUUCUCUGUAUUCAGUGUGUUUAGACCAUAAAGUCACUUUGGGUGAGGAGAUAGUUCAGUGGGGAAACUAUAAAUAUCCAUAUAGUCAGUUGUUAGUGCUUUACCAGCUUUUGAAAUCAAAUACUCAACUUUUUUCUUUGCUUUUUAAUGUUUCUCAUACACGGAACGUACGAAACCAUCAUCUGCCGCAGUCAGCUUCAGUAAUCUAUGUGAAGAAAACAACAAUGCCAAAUCUGCAGGAGAGAGACUGUACAGAUUGACUUCUAGCAUAGCUGACAAUCGAACCCAGGGCUCGGACGCUGGGUGUUUCGGCGCACCCAUGGGACCUCGGUCAGCGGGUGCUGCUGCAGCUCUCAGGCUCUCCUCCAGUGGGUGUUUGCAUCUCUCACCUUCACUGAGACGCCUGCUGCCUCCACAGGCCAUCUGACAGAAAUGCGCAGCGACACUUUCUUCCCUUUUUUUCUACUUAGAGGACGAUAAUUCUUCUUAUUGUUGUUAUUACAAAGACACUUUGUUCUUUUCUCUCUUCGAGAAAAUGUCUUAAAACUCACUGAAUUGUGUUUGAGAAAAAAACUGAAAAUCUAAGAUGACUUCAACAGAAUGUGUGGGUUGAGAAGGAGAGCGUUGUUGGUCUUUUAAUCCCCAUGUGCACCGGCUGUGUUUCUGCAGUCUGUAAGCAACCAGUGGAUGAACAAAAAAACAGAAUCAUACCAACUCUCAGAAAAGGGAUUUGUAUUUUUUUGGACUAAAAUAAAAGCAGAGAGCAGAGAGGUCUUCAGUUUUUUGUGCUGCUCUUUCUGCCCUGCGAUUCACUCCAGCUGAAAAACAAAACCCUUGCAUGACCCUCCGUGGUCUCGCACUCUACCAGAGUCAGGCGGAGGACCCGCUAAAAAUUGGAAACCUGUUUUUCUUCUUUUUUUUUGCUUUUUGUUGAUUCUGAAAGUCAUCCUGGAGAGCUUUCACAGACUCUGAGAUCUCAUCUCCCUGGCAACACUGCGGGGCAGGAAUGGAGGCUGAAGAGCUGCUUUUUGGUUAACGAGGGACUUAAGACACCAACCGACCUUUGUGUGGUGGCGCCGAACAGACACGGUCACAACAGCCCAGUCAAAUUUGCCUGUUUCGUAUCCAUUGACUGCACUGACUUUUUUUCAAUGUUAUCUGUGCUUUUUUUUCUACAGCGAAAAAAGGAACACAAAGAAAAAAAUUAUAAAAAGACUUGAAAAAAUACAACACAAAAACAAUUCUGUCUCGCUCUACACAUUGUAUACAGAACAAGCACACAUACUCCGUCAAUACACACACACACACACACACACACACACACACACACACAGACUUACACUGCAGUUUCUUUGCUCACGGCUCCUCUUGAGAUAAGACUAAUAAGAUUUAGGAAAAUAAUUAUUAAACUAAUGAACAGAGUUGGAAAACAAAACAUUGCAUGGCAGGCUUUAUUGCAAACACACACACACACACACACACGCACACUCUUCCUGGAUUUAUAUGUUCUGCUCCCAGAUCUUUUUUCACAGUAGGAAUUUAGCAACUGUUGUUUAGUAGAAGAGUAUCUUAGCUCUCGGCUGGAGGUAACAAACGAUUCAAAAUCCUUUGAAGUGAGAAAUCAGCUUGUUCUCAGUUCCAACAAUCACCCACAUAUCCCUCGCUACAGUUUGUGCCUCAUUUAAUCAGUGUUUUUACUUCAGAGACUCUGAUUACAUUGUUGGUUACAAUUGAGGGUAUAAGCCACUGUUUUCAUCAAAAUAAAUAGAAGUAAAACAGCAGGUCUUUUAUCGAAACUUACAACAUUGUUGAAAACAUGUCGAUAAUCCUCAAAGACCCUUCUAUCCUGCCUCUCAUGUACAGUGAAUUUGAAUGUCCUCAACCCAUCUCUUGACCCAAACAAAGACAGCAACCAGAAGAAUGAUCUCACCUGGUUCCUUAAACACCUGCUAAAUCAGCUUUCCAAUCAUGGAAAAGUCCUGAAAAAAUGACAAAAUUGACUAAAACAUUGGGGAAAUCAGGUUGUUAGACAAACUGUCAUUGGGAUCACAAGCUCCUAAAAAGUUUGAUGUCCCCAUAACAGCUGACUGCUGAAAUUCCAGCUCCACUUUUGAUUUGACAAAUAAGAUUAAUUCAUUAUUAAUUAAUUACAAAAUGUAUUUUCAAACUUAAAGGUACCCUGUGAAAGUAGUGCUAUUGAGCAGAGUUUUUACAUGGAAAAUUAUUUCCAUUAGCAUGAGUAGGAACCCAGGUAAAAGGUUCUUAUUCACUGUACACUGAAGGUAAUGUUGUAUAUUUUGUUGUUGCACAAUAGAAUCUUAUGGUCCGGUUACACCAGCAGUUAUGUUGGUGAUAUUUUGAAGACUUGGUGAAGAUUGUGCCAAAUUUUACUUUGAUACACCAAUUAGCAAAAUAAAGAAGUAAAUACAUUUAAAUGCCAAAGGCCUGUGGGAUGAUUUGCUAACAACUGUUUUUUUAGCUUGCUAGCUAGUAAUGCCGCUAGCGCACUAGCUAGCUUGUGGCAGUGCGUACAACUGCAACAACAAAUGAAAUAAUAUGGUUUUGUUACUACAUGUUGGGUUAGGGUUAGGGUUAGAGGUUAGAGGUGUUUAGAGAUUUGUGGGCUCUUCAUCUUUGUUAUAUCACCAGCUGGGUUUUGAAAGCUAUACUUAAUGUUUGAUGAAAACAAUGACUUUUACCUGUCACUAACCUGAAAUCUCUAAUGUAAAAAAAUGAUACAUGAGAAGUAAAAACUGGGGUAAGCACAUAUCCACAAUGUCUGCUUCCUUUGCUCAAUGGUUGCAGAAAAAAUAAACUCGCCUUGCAAUCAGGGCAUUACUGAUACCGCCAACAUCAACACCAACACUGACACCGCUGCUCCAUCCGCCCACCACCACCUAUAUGCCCUGUAGCACAUGCAAACAGUCUAAUACUCACUGCUACUGACUGGUGCAGCUGGGUGAGGGUGGAGGGUUCCUGAAUCUGGCGGGGGAUUUCACAUCCCAGCGUGCCCAGUCAUUGUGCCAGUCGGCCUUGCCAACCUUCAUUAGGUAAAACAGUGAGAACAUUACCCUUCAAGGGGGUUUAUGGUGCAGCUUCGAACAAUCGAUACCAAAAACCUCCAGUGGGGAACUGCCCUUAAGCCACGGGCAGAGUCUCCCCGGUUAGACGAGAUCAGUGGAAGCUUUCUCUACUAACUCUCUUUCUGCUAAAUAUGAUGUAAAGCAACCCACGUUUGGGAUGAAUCCAGUGUUUCACUUUUGGUUUCAUUUCAUUGUUAGGUUUCUGUUACAAAAGCUGUAUUGAUGGUUGUUUUCUUCAGUUUGGAUGAUGCAAAGUCAUGCCAAAAUGUUGAGACAUGCAAUGGGAUGUAGAAAGAGCCCUCCUAUACAGGACGUACAAUCAUAGAGGGAUGGGUAUCGUAGCACUUUUGUGAGGCUUUUGAUGGCAUGAAUGUGUAUAUGUGUGUAUGUGUCCACAUUAGGUAUACUGUGAGGAAAGCAGUGAUUCAGCAAAGUGGUUGAUAACAGAUUUUUAACUGCUGAACAUGUGUGCAACCCUGUGGGAGAAAUGUUGGUUGCUACAUUUGAUGUUUGAAAAUGCUUUUAAACUAAGCAAUGGCUGACAAUAUGUUUAUUAGGUUUUGUUUAGACCCUUCAUUCGUUCAUACAUUCAUUCAUUCAUCAAGUCAUGGAGCUUGAUGACUUGAGUCAAAGAGACGCAAACUUGCACUUCGUAUUAAAGCGCGCUAAAAUCAAAAAUCCUCUCUGCCAAAUUAGUUUAAAUGACAGUUUUCUGAAAGACACUUAUGGCUCGUUAUUUCUUUUUCUCCUUCUGCAAAAUCUCACAAUUUAUCAGUAUUUGUUCUGAUUAUUAAAAAACUGGUGAAAAAAACAAUAAUACAAAUAUCUGGAUUGAAAUCAGAUCUUAAAAAUGCCAUCUGCAGCGCAAACACUGUAGUUUAACUAUUCUAUACUUAGUUAAAGGAAGUCAGACGCAUAAUCAGCAGCCCAUUUGCAUUUUGUCCCCAUUUGUCUUGUUACUUUGUAUUACCGGACUCAUUUGCUGAGCUGCUAAUACCACAAGAGGACCUAAUUUACGGAAAACUGAUGGUAUCAGUGUCUUCUUGCAGUAGGAAGCAAACUUUUGCACGCAUGGUUACUUAAAAUUUUUAUUAAAUAAUGGUUUGAAUUGAUCUGCUUCUUUAAAAAAUCGUGGUAUUUUUAGGUGAAAAUCAAUAAAUGAUGAGCCUAACUCUAAAAGGAAUGCGUCGCUUUCAGCUCAUUUCUCUGUUGUUUGUAGGGAUAACACAUUGAACAAUGUUUCCCAAACUACACAGACAUACCAAGUUGUUGACGAUUUCAUUUAAUUUUAAAGCGUAAAUUUUAAAAUGUAAAGUUGAAGUGCUGGCCAGCGUGCAACACAACUCAUAGUUCUUCUCCUCUUUAAUUAAAAUCCCUCUUGACAUCCAACAGAUCUCAAAGUCACUUCAGAUACAAAUUCACAUUUCGUUUCCUUCACUCUCAGCCUGUUGAAGCAGGUUUUCUGUCACAGUGUUGCUCCGGGUCUCCUGUCGUCUCUCAGGCUCCUCCAGGCCAGCUAGCUGCCGUCCCACAGCUCUGAUUAGCAUUAGCACUCCCGGGCCCUCUUCUCUAGUUUCAGUUCAGCUAAUGAGAUAGCUCUGGGUCACAGGGAAAUUGAGUGGUCUGGAGAAAAAAAACAACAGGGACCUUGAGCCAGACCGAUUCUAGCGCCCCGUACCCAGUGGACGGAUUUGAUGUAGAACAAACAGAAGACCGCGUUAGCAUGGAGAAAUGUCAGGAGACAGUGAGAUAUUUGUCAAAGAGACUAAACUGUGAUGAAAGAAGGAUUUAAAAAAUCAUUUACCCACAUGAAUAUCCAAAUCAUUAAAUCAGCCCUUGCUUUUUAUCUCAUGGAUUACAGAUAAAAUAAAUUUACCAUUUAUCUGCAAAGUCCCUACAGAUAUUUUAUCUACUCUGUGUCCCCCAACCCUCCCUCUUUCUUCACAGAUAAAGUGCCAUUCUUGUUUCCCUCCAUCCUCAACCCAUCUCUCCCUCUCUGUCCACAGCAGUUGUCCAUGCACUAUCAGCUGCAGGAAUGCUGAAUGCACACUUUACACAUUUUGCCCAAAGAUUUGCAUAUUUGCAAGUUAACUGCUGUGAAUGUAGUAGAUGUAGAGGAAAGAGUCGAGAGGCAGAGACGCAGAAAAGGAGUAGUAGAUGGAAGGUGGAAGGAGAGGGAUUGUAUUUCUUACAUGAUCGUCCCAUUAAAUCUUAAUUACCGGUAUGCUCCGACUCUCUUCAUAACAUUCUCAGUCUCUUGUCUAUUUUGCUGGAGCGUGACUCACUUUUCACAAAUGUAAAAUAAUGUUCUCAUGGUCUUAUAGAGUGCCCAGUAUAGUGGCGCUAGCAGCGUAAGCAGGAAUGAAGAAGCUUUAGAUUAUGUUAGCUGCUUAGCACACUGCAAAUAGCACCAUCAUGUCUCAUAUUUCUAAGUCAAAGGUGGGCUGGAGUCUAUGGAAAUGCUAAACUGUUGACUGUGGAAACCAAUGUUACAUCACCCACUUCAAACAACUUUACCAUUCCCAUACAUCAAAUGGUUCAGAGGAAAUCCAGAGAAGUACUACCCUUUGGGAUUUACUAAAGGCACUUUCACACUGGCAGGUUAGUCCGAAUCUAUGAAUGGUUUGCCUAAAAACUUGGUAAAAUAAAGGUUUUUUCCAAACUCAGUUGCAGAAGAGGAAACUGCAUCCAAAUCCACCUGAAUGAGGUCAUCUGAAAUCAGUGCCAGACGCACUGUAGAUGGCAGAGCUUCAGUCGUGCUGGUUGAAAAAGCGUGGACUCUUUCAGUAAGUCAGUUAGUGUUGCCAAGUUAUUUUGCACUUUUGGUUUUUUGGUUCUUGAGUACCUAGGUGACCUUUACGUGUUCUGUCUUUUCUUUGUGAAUGUCAAAAUGAGCACUAACAUCGCUUCUUGGCAACAGGCAGAAACAGUCGCACUUUGGUGAGGCAAGAGUUACGCAAAUGAACCACAAAUCAAUAUUAAUAUUGACAUGUUUCACUAAUCAAAACAAACUGCAUAUGUGAGACCCAUGCAUUAAAUUACUGUAGAACAUUGUAGAAAAUUGACCAUCAUUUGUGAAACGGAAGGCUGCAAUUGCAAAAUGGGCCCUAGAACCAAUAAACAAGUGUGAAAGCAGUCCAGCAGGGUUAGGAGAAGGAAGGCAAACAAACUCAGGUUCAGACUCAAACCAAUAAACCCAGUGUGAAAACAGCCUUUAGACCACAGGCAGUUGUUUGGACGCCUCCCUUUGAGGGACAGGCUUCAGUUUCCACAGUUUUCCACCAUAUCACCCUGAAGAAAGAUUGUCACUUUAGGCAGCUUUUGUAAAUAGCGUGAGAUCUUACAUACAGACCGCUCUGUGUAAAAUUAACCGUACGUGGCGACGGCACCGUCUAAGACAUUUCAGCGUUUCUAUAGAUCUGCUUUAGUUCUCGCAAACAUUGCACUACAUGGUCAUACUUAGCUAUUGCACUCUCCAUGUGCAUGCACUGCUAGCAUAGUCUGUUGGAGCACUCAAAUAUCCACUUAACAUUUGUCAAACGUCCAGGAUGCACUUUGCCACCAAGAACCAUUUACUACAGGUCCACUCACGAUAGAUCAGAGUGACAUAUCGACUUAAACCUCUAGUGAAAUGCCUUUUUCAUCACUAUCAUUCUGGGGGUAUAUGUUGUACCUUACAAACAUUCAGUCAUGCUGUGACUUGGUUGAACUUUCUUGGUAUCAGUGGCAUCCCGGAGUGACUCUGUCUGUCUGUAACUACUGUGUUUGUCCAUGUUUGAUGUGUCAGUAUACAAGAGAUUCACAGAUCUUUACCCCUCUCCUUGUGUCUGUAUAUUUCACCUCACCCACACCAAACCCUCUUCACCAAAACCACAACCGUCAGAGCCCUCUGUGGCCGAACAUGCUCAUAGUCUUCAGAUAUCCAACUGUACUGGGAAGUAUUCUCAAGAGCUAUGCAGCUUGGGAGCUCCAAGCAGUUCUUUGGUGAGACUGCAAUAACUUUUCCACCUUGCCAGCUAAAUGUCCUUGGUCGGUAUAGUUUGUUUUAGUUCAGUCGACCCAUCCUUGUAGGUGCUUUUCCAUCUCUGUCACUUGCUCACUUAGACCCUAAUGCCUGAUGCAUUCUUGUAGAGUAGAGUUUAGGAACUACUUUCUGGAGUUGGGCCAGUUGUUUCCCCUCUCAGUAUGUGCAAAAAAGAUUGGCAUCAAAAAUGUUCUCUUUGUCUCUGGUACAUAGCUCCGUCAAACAGUACAUUACAGUAUCGUAUCUAAGGAAAUCAACAAACUUAGUAAUGGAAUUUGGCGUUACUUUUUUGCUGAUUAACUUGUUUUAAUUCCUGUGCACACAAAACAAGCUAUGCUUAGACUCUCACAGGAUCAAAGAUCUUCUGCCUUGGAAAAUGUGUUUCUUCUGUUCUGUAUUUUCAAAUUUUACAAUCCUCAACAAGUCUGGAAAAUAUUCAGACAUGUGUUGCUAACUAACCAUCUGCCUGCCCUGCUACAAGUAAAAAAAAAAAAUCUGGAGUGAAAUAAGAAAAAUAAUAUCCUGCAAACUGUAAACACUUGAAGUCAUUGAAAGCUACGAUUUUAUGUCCACCUAUGCACCUGCCUCUUUUAUACAGAUAUAGAAAGAUGAAUUUUUAUUUUAUUGAGACUUAUGGGAUAAACAAUUACUUCCCAACAGGUAACAAUUACGACAAAGUUCUUGUUUACCAUAAAGUUUUAGUGACAGGUGUGUAGGAUCAAAAACUCAUAACUGUGUAGAAACCAAAAAAUCCCUCAUAUUGUCGAUCAACAACAUUUCGGUCCUCAGACCUUCAUAAGUGAUGUGUGUAACUGUGUACAGGUCCCCCCAACGUGGGUCUUAUUUUCAUACUUUUGGCAAUCGUUCCUAUUGGUUAUGACAACAUGUUACUGCUCACCAGCUGCUUUUUGGAGAAUUAGGACACGAUGGAGAAGACUCAAUGUUUCCUUCAGGUUCAAGUGCCAAACAAACAUUUUAAGUAAUUUUGGUUAAAUUUGAGGUUUUAGAAAUGUGCAAAUGUGCUCAUCUUGCUUGCCCAAGUAGAUGUUGUUGUUGUUGUUAACGCUGUCUUAAAUCUCCAGAAUGCAUCUGGCGAGUAACAUAUUAUCAUAAUCAACAGGAAGGAAGAAAAAUGACAUUAUCCUUUAAUAAGCAUUAGCACCCACACUAACUACAAAAAUCUGUUGGAGACAUGGAAAUGAUUUUGGUGCCAAUCCUCACUCUACAUAUUGGGAAAAGUGACCAAUCCAGCGUCUACAUUUAUUGAAAGCUGUAUUUUAGCACCUUUAUAUCAUCCAAUGUGUGUAUACAGUGAACUCGAACCAUAACUGUUAAGGGAUCACAGCUAUAUAUUUCCUGGGAUGAGUUGACAUGUGAAGAAAAUAGCAGACAGCAGAUUUUACCAUCACAACAUCCCUCUCACCUGUCCUGCAGGGGCUCUGUUACUCUGAUACCUUUCAUAUCAACCUUCGAUCCAUAAACCUUCACUCCACACCCGCCUUCCUCUCCUCUGUCACCGUCACCUCUGUUGAAUUAUUUUUAGUUUUUAUUUUGAGUUCUCUUGUUUUACUUACAAUUUUUUGCUGUACAAAGUGUUUAAAAUAUUAUUUGUAUUAUAUGAUGUUAGUAUGGUAAUGUUCUUUAUUAAGGAAGAAGAAAAUUUAUUUUUGUUACUGGUCUGUUUCAUAAUUCUUUUCUAAAUUGGUAUUGUAAGAUAUCUAUGCAAGAACUGUUAAGUGGAGCAUUUUUAUUUAAGAAUGUAAUAUGUGUAAUAAAUGGUAGAACCUG